AUAAAACUGCUUCUUGUGCAAAACUCUGACCAGUCGAGCCACACUCCGAGCAUCAUGAUAGACAAAUUAAUUCUGGUUUUGAGCGCCGCUGCCGUUUGUCGCGGUCAGCAAGUUUUGAUGGACCCUGGAUUGGAUCUGGACAGUUUUCUGAGCGGCUCGGAAUACACGGUGCUCAGGUCGCACAGGGCAGGAAGGCAUUUGUACAUGACGAGGAUGGUGCAGCAGGACGAAAAUUGCACGUACCUGGAAAAUCUUGACGUGUUUUCCAUGGAGGGGGACGAGGACGAAGUUUUCGACCUCAUCGACAACCAGCUCGAAGUGAACUCGACCGCUAGGUCAAAGAGGUCUUGCAAUAAGGUAGACAGUUCAAGCUGCGCCUUCGUAAACGACGCUGGCCGCGUAUAUUUCACGAUGGGCCUCAAAUAUUUCCAAUGCGACAGUCCCAAACCGCACAAGUACAGGUUCCGUUUCUCCGCCAGGUACCCCGGCACCUACAUCAUCCGAUUCCAGUGCAAAAGGGGUUCAUUCAUUUCCGUCAUUCGGACGUACAAGCCGGGUCAGGUGGUCAAUUUCCUGUGGCCGUGGAACAGGGUGCACGUGGGCAACGACAUGAAGGCCUUCCUCCUCAUCAAGCCGGACAGCGACGAGAGCAUCUUCGCGUCCGACAUGGAGUGGGAGUUCCUCAACCUGGAACGCAUUUUACACGGGAAGGUGUCGAAACGAUGCAGCGCUGACUUCAACCUCAUCUUUCAACAGAGGAACGUCGCCAUGGUCGAGCAGAUGCGACAGUUCAACACCCGCCGGUACCUGAAGGUCGGCAACUGCCGGUUCAAUGACCUUUAAUUUUUAAAUCCAAUGUACAUAAACCGAUUUUUGAAAAAAUAUGGAAAAAAUUUCAGGGAUUCACAGAACAAAGAACAAAAAUGAUUUU